GCCAAGGUCUCUCCCCCCUCCAGUUGACCAUGAGCCAAGCAGCCGCUGCGCCUGAGGACUUACAGGGCUUUCCCCAGGGCUUCCCCAUUUUUGAACAAACGCAAAAUGGUCAGGUGGUGCGAGUCCACCAGCCCGUCUCGUUUCAGCAGCUGAAGGAACUGAAAGAGGCUUGUGCUCAAUAUGGCCCCAGCGCCUCAUGCACCGAGGCUCUGAUUGAAGCGAUGGUGGCAGACGCUCUGCCUCCCAACGAUUGGAAAAGCGUCUGUAAGACUUGCCUUAGCGGAGAAGAUUAUGCAUUGUGGAAGUCAGAGUUUUACGAGCAGUGCCAGACCAUUGCAGAGAUGAACAGGGCUCAAGGGAUUCCCAUUACAUAUGAGAUGCUGGUGGGGGAAGGCCAGUACCGGGACACUCAAAAUCAGUUAAACUACGACCAAGGGGCGUAUGCCCAGAUUAACAAUGCAGCCACUGAGGCCUGGAAAAAGCUCCCCGCUACAGGCAGAAAGACUGAGGAUCUCUCUAGGAUGCGGCAAGGUCCAGAUGAGCCGUUCCAAGAUUUUGUCACAAGGUUGCUCCAGACAGCAGGAAAAAUGUUUGGGGACAGUGAAGCUGCAAUGAUUGUGGUCAAGCAGCUGGCCUAUGAGAAUGCUAACUCAGCUGGCCAGGCCGCGCUAAGACCCUGGAGAAAGAAAGGGAACCUUUCUGAUUACAUCAGGCUUUGCUCAGAUAUAGGGCCUUCUUAUAUCCAAGAGGCCACCCUGGCUGCUGCCUUGCAAGGAAAACCCUUGAAAGAAAUCCUGUUCCAACAGCAGCAGGAGGGCAGAAAGAAAAGAACAUCCGGUCCCCCGAGCAGCUGUUUUAGCUGCGGACAGCUGGGACAUUUAAUGCGUGAUUGCCCUAAGGCACGCCGCGAACUCCCUGAAGGGAUGGGGAAAAGAAGUAAAUGGGAGCCAGGAUUAUGCCCUUGGUGUAAGAGGGGGAGUCACUGGGUUAAUGAAUGUAGGUCCAAGAAAGGUGCCCAAGGAUGCCCCCUGCCCGGAAACGGGAGGAGGGGCCAGCCCCAGGCCCCGCAACAAUGUUAUGGGGCACUCUGGAAUUUCCUCCCCGAAGGGACCCUCCGGGACACCAAUCCAUUCAACAGCUCUACCGAGCCACCCAGGCAGCUCCNCAAUCCAUUCAACUGCUCUACCGAGCCACCCCAGGCAGCUCCGGAUUGGACCUCUGUUCCACCGCCUACACAGUAUUGA